AUUGUGUAGUAUAUAAGUAAGGCGUCCUUCAUCUCUUUCAUUUUCCAUUCUCCAUAUAGUCUCCGUUUACAAUCCACAAACAAUACAAAAACACAGGAUUCAAUAGCCAAGAAGCCAAGAAACAUAUAUAAAGAAAAGAAUGAAGAAGGCGGCAGAAUUCGUGAAGCAGAUAAUAAACAUGUUGACUGGUCUAGCAAAGGACAAGACGAAGGAGCUAAAGAGGAAAACAAGAGCUUUCAAGACACGUCUAGUAAUAUUCUCGCUGCUCCAUAACAGACACAUGGUGAUGAGCUCUUUGUCUAACAAGCUCAAGACCAACCCAACAUCGAAAAAGAUUAAUCACGAUAAUCACAAGGAUCAUCAUGAUCAAAACAUGGUGGUGGUGUAUAGCCAUAUCGUUAACGCCAUGUCUAGCACUCCUGUCUCUCCUCAUGUAGAAUAUCAAUACGCGGAGGAGGUAGAGGAUGAAGAAGAAGAAGACGACGAGGAGGAGGAAGGAAAGUAUCCAGACUUGAGACACUCGUUGUUUGAGGCAGAGGGUUCGGUAAUAGAGAUGGUGAAGCAUUCCAAGGAGGACAAGGGAGAAGAGUUUAAGCUGGAAGAUGAGAUCGACAAAGUGGCUGACCUUUUCAUUAGCCGAUUCCACAGACAGAUGUGGUUGCAGAAGCAACUGUCUCUCGAAAGUAUUCCAGAUACUUCCUCCCCGAUUCAGACUUAAUAAUAUACAUACAUAUGAUUAUAUGCACGCCCCUCAUUGUUUUUUUUUGGGGCGAAUGAGGACGCAAUGAUCCUUAUAGAUUUUGUUUACGUAGUGAAAUGUGGAAACGGGGACAUGUUCAUUUAUUUUUGUCAUCAACCUGUAUCUAACAAAGUCCCUUCAUCGUUCAUGCUCAUUUCAUAAAUAAAAUACAGUUAACUUUUCUUCUU